AUGGCCCCUGAAAUUGAUCCAGCACUGUUAUCCAUUACAGGAAGCAGUGUUUCUGCGGAUCCCAUGGAUCAGACAUUUUGCAAUGUACAAUUUAAAAUUGCGGAUGCUGUUGGUCCCCUUCUGCUUAUGUUAGAUAAGGCAGAGAAGGAGGGAUCCUCUCAUAACCCUUCUCUACCAGCUUUACUGGCUUCUAAGAUGGCACGUCUAAAAGCUUCCAGCAGAGCAGUGCUUAUUAUCGGUCAAUCCUUCAACCAUAUUUCCAACAUUCGCAGAACCCGCUGGCUGCAUGCAGCAGGGAGGGCUGAUUUGGCACCUAUAUCACAUGAAUUCCCUAAUUUUGAAAACUCCUUUCUAUUUGGCCCCUCUUUUAUACAGGGGGUGAAAGGACAAUAUAAGGCUAAGAGACCUUUCUCUGAUUUAAAGAAGAGCAUUCUAAGCUACAAGAAGCCCUUUCGGACCGAGGGUUGUUCCUACAGGGCUACAGGUUCAUCCUGGGAAGUUAAUAAGCAAGCCCACUUUCGUCACCAUGGACAGUAG